AUGUUUACUAUUUAUCUUUAUUUAGCUCCUAUAGUAGCUAUGGCAUUAGUAGGUUUAAAUUAUUUAAUAUCAAAUUCUAAUUCAUAUGUAGAAAAAGAUGGUCCUUUCGAAUGUGGUUUUACUUCUUAUCAACAAUCUAGAUCUGCCUUUAGUGUUGCUUUCAUCUUAGUUGCUAUUUUAUUCUUACCUUUUGAUUUAGAAAUUUCUUCUAUUUUACCUUAUGUUGUUAGUGCUUAUAAUAAUAGUAUUUAUGGUUUAUCUAUUUUAAUAUUAUUCUUAUUAUCUUUAGUUAUUGCUUUUGUUUAUGAAAUAAAUUUAGGUGCUUUAAACUUAGAAAGACGUUUUAUCCCUAUCGUUAAACCUUUAAUGCAUACUCUUUAUAAAUAA